AAUGAUGAAACAAGUCCUUUUAGCACUGGCGACAUGUUCAAUCUAUACAGUUUACUGUCGUUUAGAAAUUAUUCCGGAGAGAGUGACGGUUAAUUAUAUAAAUGAGAAGCAUUUUUAUAACUACUCAAUCAAAGUCCAGAGGGCUAGCAGGAGCAGUUCUUACUUCCUUAACAUUGAGAUGACGACCAAACAACAAUGGAAUAAUAAUGUGUCGAUUCAUCUCAUUUUUAACGAGUUUCUUCAUAAUGAAUAUCGAAGGUCCGUCAUCGAAAUGCACUUUAAAUACUGCGACUCGUUGAAGGAUGAUAAAUUUAUUGGAGCCGUUUUUCAAAAAUUGGGAUUUAAAUGUCCAAUUCCCGCGGGAACAAAGCGAAUAAAAAACGUUAACUUAUCCCUGGAAGAUUUUCCCAACGUAUUUCCGAUACAAAAGAGUCGAAUAGACGUUGAAUGCUUGACCACAGAUACUAAUGAAACUAUGCUUCGAGUAUAUUUUUACAUUACUUUCAAAAAUCAUAAAUCAUAAAAAGACGUUAAUUUUUAACCUACGGUAAGAUUGAGGUUUUCAGAGAGGAUAAAUUAUAUACGAUUAUAACAGUGCUUAUGUUAAAAUUAUUAACAAUGUUGUAUCAAGAAAAUAUCGAGAGCCGAUUGUUUCAGGCGCUCUCAAACAAUCUUUUAUUUAAGUUUCGUUCCCGAAAUUUGUCAUCGGCUCCCGCCCAAAUUCUUAUACUUGCCGGACCUACCUCACGUCUUCAUUUCAAUACACAAUAUUAAUUCACUCAAAUGAAUAUUAUUAAUCAUUGUAACGUGUAAUUUAUAUAAAUCACACAUUACAAUCGUUCUAUAAGGUAGAUUAUCGAGGAUUAUCAAAA